AUGUUGAUGUCUUCAUCACUUAAAAAGGGCAAUGUUGAACUUAGGCAUCAAAAGUUGAAUCAAGAACAACACCGGGAGAAUAUAGUGAUGGCAAUUCUUUUGCAUGAAUACCCAUUUCAGUUUGUAGAGCAUGAGGGUACUAGAAAUAUGAUCUCUUAUCUUAACCCUGAUGUUAAGCAUGUGACACGCAAUACAAUUAAAGCUGAUGUGCUAAAGUUUUAUAGAAGAGAAAAAAAGAAGUUGCUUGACAUUUUACAAUUAGUACCAGGGAGGAUUAGUCUUACAUCUGAUUUAUGGGCAUCCAUUACGACUGAUGGUUAUAUUUCUCUCACUGCUCAUUUUGUUGACAAAGAUUGGAUGUUACAAAAGAGAAUUUUAAAUUUCCAUUACAUGCCAACACCACACACUGGGUUUGCAAUUUCUGAAAUGAUAUCUUCUUUGUUGAAUGAGUGGAAUUUGGAGAAAAAAUUGUUUUCCAUAACUUUGGACAAUGCUAGUUCUAAUGAUUCAUUUGUUGAUUUUGUUAAAAGUCAACUUUGCAUAAGAAAUGGAUUGCUUCUCAAUGGUGAAUUUUUUCAUGUCCGUUGUUGUGCGCAUAUUUUGAAUUUGAUAGUUCAAGAUGGGCUAAAAGAAAUUGAUAGUGGUAUUUACAAGAUUCGAGAGAGUGUGAAAUUUAUGAAAGGGUCACAAUCUCGAAAGAAGAAGUUUCAUGAUUGUGCACAACAAAUGGGCAUCAAUUGCAAAAAAGGGUUGCGUCAAGAUGUUAGCACAAGAUGGAAUUCAACAUAUCUUAUGCUAGAGUCGGCUUUACAUUAUCGAGAUGCAUUUAUUCAUCUUUCAUUGAGUGACUCUAAUUAUCUUCAUUGCCCUACUUUAGAAGAAUGGAAUCAAAUUGAAAACAUGGUCAAGUUUUUGAAAGUGUUCUAUGAUGUGACAAAUAUUUUUUCGGGCACCCUGUAUCCCACUUCAAAUUUGUUCUUUCUUGGGAUGUGGAGAAUCCAAUGUAUAUUGCAAGAAGAAGCAAAAAAUCCCAUUCUUUUUAGAAGUUCAUCAUUGUCAAAAAUGCAAUCAAAGUUUGAUAAAUAUUGGGGAGCUUUUAGUGCUAUAUUGGCUAUUGCGGUGAUUUUGGAUCCUCGUUAUAAAAUGGAUAUUGUUGAAUUUGCUUUUAUGAAACUCUAUGGUGAUGAUGAAGGCAAUAGCAAGGUGAAUAAUAUUCGUGAGAAGCUUCAAAAGUUAUUUGGAGAAUAUUGCAAUAUUGAUUUACAAAAUCAAGGUAGUUCUUAUACAAUCCAAACAACUCAAGACCAAGUUAUUGAAGGGGAUCCAAAUGAUCCAUUAAUGGUGAGUACUUAUGAGUCAUAA